AUGUCGUCGACCGCUACCAUGACCGUCACCGACGUGAAAGCGAACAAAGGAAUGAAUCUGGUCCCCACCUACGAGAUCAAGCUACAGCUUGAUCCUACCGUGGUGCUGGACGCAGAUCACAAGCUCAACAGCACCGUCCAGUCGACAUUUGGGAUGCCUGCAGCCGCCACUCGGAUAAACGUGGGUUUCCUGGACACCAGCUGUACACAACUUUUCGAAGCUGGUUGGUGUGUCCGAGUACGCAGGGUUGAGGGCGAACCCAGCUUGGAUCUCACAUACAAGAAGCGAUUCGACAUUGUCGCGGGGGACAUUGAUGCGGCGCUCACUACCGCGAAUGCAAACGGAUUCAACGCCAGCGACAAAAAGUACGAGGCCCGAGUCGAAUGCCGCCACAAGAAGCAGACACUCACGGUUCGCCGCAUCAAAGAGGCGGCGACAUCGGACGACGCGGGCGUGGACUUGCCGAGCACGAGGGACUCACGUAGACUGCUGAGAGAAGAAGCUCCGGAGCGAUUCGACAAUUGGGGCUGCAAGAAAUGGGGAACCGCCAUCUUGGCGGCAGCACGCAUCUUCGGACCGGUAAUGGUCAGGCGCUCGAUCGGCGACUGGAAGGGCAUGAAGCUGUAUGUCGAGGUCUGGCCCAUUUUGGAUGCCGAAGGGACUGGGCUCGAUUACAUCGUGGAAGCGUCGUUCAAGACUGACAACCGCGCGACGGCCGCAGCCGAGCAAACAAGGCUACAAGAGGUCUUGAUGAGCAAGGGUUGGUUCCUAGCAGGCGACAUGUCGAAGACGCAGCUCAUCAUGGAGCGUUAUGGGUGUUACCCCGGGCUGGAGAACACGGAUCUGAAGGAAUGUUAA